AUGUCUACUUACCAGGACUUGUUCAUAGCAGCACUGAGCCAUCCACCAGAUCCGAAUGAUCCACAGCCUCUUUCGAAUCGUAAGGAAACCAUAUAUGGCACUACGCUUACGUUCCUGACUGUAUCAUGGAUGGCCGUGUUCUUCCGACUGUGGGUUCGAUUCAAGGUCGUCAGAGAACCUGGUCUUGAUGAUGCUUUCGUAGUUGGCGCUGCGCUUUGUAACACUGUUGCCACUGUUUGUGUGUGUCUGUCGGUUGAAGCGGGCCUUGGAAAGCACAUGCUCUAUCUUGGAUUCGACAAUAUCGAACGGUAUCUGUUGACUUUUUACAUCGAAAACGGCAUGUACGUCACAGAGACUACAUUAAUCAAGAUCUCGCUCCUUCUCCAGUAUCUACGCAUAUUCAAAGCAGGCUAUAUGCGAUGGAUUUGUAUAGUCCUCCUUGGACUAGUCAGUGCUUGGGGCGCUGGAUUCAUGUUUAUAGCCUGGUUCCCUGCGUUCCCAGUACGUGGAGCCUGGGACGCAACAGUAGUUGGGACGCGCUACGGUUUUGGCUUUAGGGAUGUUACAAGUUUCGUCAAUACCUUCAUAGCACACUCGACUCUGAACAUGGUAUUCGACAUUGCCAUCUUCGUUGCGCCGAUGGUGCUUUUCGGCACACCCAACCUGCGCCUGAAGAACGCACUAGCAAUGGCAGGAGUGUUCACUUUCGGUGGCAUUGUUGUUGCAACUUCUAUCUGGCGUCUAACGGGUAUCAUCCAAACGCGCGCUGGAACCUCGCCAUACCUCGACUUCACCUGGUGGUCACCCACCAUGAUCAUCCUCACAUGCAUCGAAAUCGAUCUCGCUAUCAUAUGUGCGUCCAUGCCUAUAUUCUGGCCCCUGGUCGAGAAGUCAUUUUCGGCUAUUUUUGUCCGCGUCGAUGUCCAGAUCGUGGAAGAACGCGUGCAGGACAACUACGGUUUGGCAUAUGAACUAGAACAUAGGAGGACCGCCGACGGCAGUGUGAAAAGCAGUGGGACAAGCAUCCAUCGUUUGACAGACGAGGGGCAUGGUCCUGGCAAUACGAGUAAAGAUUACACAGUCGGAUUCGAUCCAUGUAAUGAAGAAUCGAGGGCGCAAGGAUUUACCACGGAAGUAAGAAGUCAACCUAAGAUGAAUUGGGAGAUAUGA